CGAGUCUUCAGCGGCAAAAUUGGUUUCAAUGAAUUCAAGUCAUUGUUGAUACUACUGACACAGUGGAAGGUAACCUUAAUUAACAAUUAAUGAAUGAGGCCGAGUAUCUUAUGAGGAAUUAUGGAGAUCUAGGAGGGUGUUAUCUGUCGAGGCUGUAGGCCGAGGCGGAUAACACCCUCCGAGAUCUAGACUGCAAAACAGUCGGUUUUUUUCUCAAAAUCAGUAAAGAAAUCGGCAAAGCGUGGCGUAAGAGUCUUACGCGCGCGAGGCGCGCGAGCCUCACAGGCCCGUAGGGCGUCUCUUCCCAGUCUCGCUCUCUGUUUUCAGCUUCGUUCCAGACCUUUUGUUUGACUGCUCGCGCGUACUUGAAUACGCAAAAAUACUGACUGUUUUGCAGUCUAUCCGAGAUCUCCAUAAUUCUUCAUAUGAUACGAAAGCCGAAUUCAAUAAUUGUUUUAUCAUUCAUUCAAAAUAAUUCCUAGUUUAAAAACAUGGCCAAAACAUGCUUACCUCCAUCGAUCCAUCGAUGUUAAGUUCAUCUUCGAUAGUGCACGUUUAGGUUUGUCCAUCUCCGCAAAUAUUCUGCAAAUAGCAGACGUCGCCCUUCGAGUUGUCUUCUUGCUGUUCUUGCCAUGUUUUUAGCUAUUUUUUCGCCUAGUUCUUACUUUUGAAACGAGUGAAAUGACCGCCAUUUUUGUUUCCACAACCAAAACAACUCAACCUCGUCCCCAGGUCUUCUCGUUUAACGGUGCCUUAACCUGCAAGAACGCUGCAUUUUUGACGUCAUUUCCUGGCUAAACACAAAAUUCUUCCAAAUUUGGUCAUCAGUAACUGGUUAUGGUGAAUUAAACGUGUGCUUUUAGCCAAUCGGAAUCGGGGAAAUAUUUUGAAUGAAUAAUAACACAGAUUAUUACUGCGUUUCUUCAAAAUAAUCAGCUGGGAACUAUGUUCACACUAUGCCGGAUAGCUUUUGCACCGCCGAUUCGAACACCAUACCAGAUAGAGCUUUUGUUCACAAGUAAGAAUAUUAUGACUUCGGCGCGAUUUUUUUAACGGAGUCAAGCUGCGUAGCGCCAAUCUCUAGAUUGGCGAGUCACGUAUCAGAUAGGUGUUCACACUACACCAGAGAUAGCUUUUCGUGUCGGCAUGAAAAGCUAUAUGGUUUAGUAUGAACAUAACCUAACACAACAGGUGUGGUUUUGGUGGUAGUGACUUUGACUUGUUGUAGACUUUUUUUAGCAAUUUAUUUGUAAAUGAUAAAAUGCAUUGUUUCCGUAGGGUCUUUUUAGGGAGUGUAGCUAUGACGAAUCGGAAACUUUAGGACCACUUGAGCUUCAAGCUGCUAUGGCUAACUUUGGUAAGGUCCUGAGUGGCUGAGUGACACUUUAUACGUAGGUGUAUGUAGUGAUAUCAAAAAUAAUUCGCCAUGUUUAGUGUACCCAAUCAACUCUUAACACCAAUAGUCAAUCAAAAAUAAUAAAGGUGAACGUCGCAUGUUCACCGUUUAGCCCGGUUUUUUUUUCUGUUUCUGUUCGUGCGAUUGUUUGGUAAAGCCGCAUUAAGAGCCACAAGGGCUUCUCUCUUCUGUGUAUGCAUUCAAGCUAACUGCUCUCUCCAAAAAGAAAACCUCAAAGAUGACUUAAGUUUAAGUGGAACCUUUUUUUUCGCUAACACUUGAAACGUGAGCACCGCACCUAAAUUGUAGGAUUCUUAUUUGUCUUCGUCAGGUUAUGGUUCGAAUCCUAACAUCUUGAAGAACAUUCUCGAGCGAUACUCUACUAAUCACCGAAUCAGCUUUGACGGUUUCGUAGCCUGCUGUGUGCAUCUAAAGUCCUUAAAAGGUAUGUGCAGACACAAAAUGCCUGGCUGAGUGAUCAGCUCCUCGGAGUCUACACUUCGAAAAAGUCCUUCGUCCUUUGUAAAAUAGGCCCUUGGGAGCUGUCGCAACACCGUUGUUCGCUCGCAUCUACGCGGCCUAAAAAGCUUGUUCUGCUUGCUUUACAGCUUUUCUGCUGUGAAACUCGUGAGGUCGACUUGUAGCAAGCCUAAGCAAUAGGUUUAGGGUCGUUUUACUUGUACGUGGAGGUAGGGGACCCCAACCCGCCUGUCCAUAUAAUCUCUCAUAUGCAUAAAUUGCAUGGUUCCCGAAAGAAAAGAAAUAACAGCGGUUUGUGUUUUGACAUCUCGUUUAUUCAGUCAUUCAAGAUUAAGUUCAAGUUAAAUCGCUAAAAAAUGGUCAUAUUUUUUUGUUGUUUUGCUUCGGAGAAUUUAUUUUCAGCUCUCAUGAGUCGGAAAGGUGCUGAACUGUCCACAGAGAUGAAAGAAUUAAUUAUUACUCUGUCGGAAUCCGUGAAAAACAAAGCGGAACUGUCAAGAAUGUUGAACAUUCCAAGAACGACUAUCAUGAGCGUUCUAAGCAAGUACCGAAGGACUGGCACAGUGGAGACUUUGACGCGAAGUGGCAGGAAAAGGAGCUUCACAAAAAAUGCUUUAAAGCGUUUGGUUAACAGUAACAGACGACUUACCGUACAAGCCCCAGUUGUUCUAAAGGUGGAUAGCGCUAUCCGGUGGAUAAAUCUUUAUCCAGUGGACAGUGCAAAUUGUUUCCCAAACACUUAUCUGCUGGAUACUGAUUUAUCCAGUGGAUAGCGCUAUCCAACGUUUGAGCAACCGGGGCCAGGACAUUACUGCAAAGCUAAACGAGUGCAAAACAAAGACUUUCAGCCAGAAGACCGUGCAAAGGGUGUUGCAUUCGGAAGGAUAUAAAAGAAGGCUAUCGAAAAAGAAAAUAGUGCUUCGGGAAGCGAAUCAAAAAAAGCGAGUCAAGUGGUGUAAAGAGCGAAGAGGUCGCACAGUAGACAACUACUGGGAAAAAGUGUUUUCAAGCUUUUUCAGAUGGAAGUCAGAUUGUGCUCGGUACAAACAACGAGGGUUGUCCAAUACUGUCGACGUGAUACGAGUGGACAGGGUAAACUGUGGAGUGGACAAAUGCAUCCCAUUAAGAGGACUUAGAAAUUUCCUAGCUUGUCUUGUUGGUAAGCUGUGACCCCGUGUAAUGGUAGUCGAGUCGUACGAGCCGUACUAGUUGAGAAAAUGCUUGUCCACUUGAGGCACAGUGGAGACUUUUGACGCGAAGUGGCAGGAAUAACCUGAGAUCAGGCCCAAUUUUAGCAGUUCUCAUACAUUCUCUCUAACGCCUAUUUACAAAGCGAAACGAAAAUUGAGCCUGAUCUCAGGUUAUGGCAGGAAAAGGAGCCUCACAAAAAUGCUUUAAGGCGUUUGGUUAACAACAACAGACGACUUACCGUAGCAAGAAAACCGUGCAAAGGUUGUUGCAUUCGGAAGGAUAUAAAAGAAGGUUAGCGAAAAAGAAAAUGGUGGUUCAGGAAGCGAAUCGAAAAAAGCGAGUCAAGUGGUCUAAAGAGCGAAGAGGUAGAACAGUAGACAACUACUGGGAAAAAGUACUAUUUUCAGAUGGAAGUCAGAUUAUGCUCGGUACAAACAAUGAGGGUUGUCCAUUACUGUGGGAUCUUUGCUUAUAGAACGAGGCAUACACAGUGUGUAGCGUGCUUGUUCCUUCACGUGGCUUUAUGUCAGAUCUUUGCCUACAGAACGAGGCAUACUGACAGGGGUUUCAAUAAGCACCGACGGCCGACGAAACACGUUGGAUACUUUCCUCAUAGAGGUCGGCUACUUUUUUACAGAAAGAAGGAGCAACUUGAUUGAAUAACGUUAUAAACAAGAAAUAUAUCAUAAAAUCUGAAUGAAAACGUAAUUAUGAUUUGUUUUCCGAAAGGCCCACUGGCUUUACGUUAUGCUGGAGUCAUGUGAACGCUAUAUUUCAGUCAUUUUUUCAAAAGUUUCUUACAGAUUUACGCAGCAUUUGUUUACGAGCAAAAGUACGUAAUUUAGUUUUCAUCAUUUGUUCAUUGCUCUUAGGAAUUGAUUGGGUGACUGGUAACUUGAAAGCUACAUUUUCUUGAAUGAAAAACACUCUUUUGUCCUCAAAUUUAGUCCCCACAACGCUGAAAAUCGCAUUUUUAGGGCUUUGAAAUUUCAAAAUUUUCUGAGGCGGAACGGGCUUAGACCCUCCUCCUCCUCCACUAAAAAAGAGGACCAACGGCCCCUUGUUGAUACAAUAGGUUACUCUGUCCAAACCGCUGGCUACUUCAAUUUAUAUUGAAACCCCUCCAUACACAGUGUGUAGCGUGCUUGUUCCUUCACGUGGCUUAUGUCGAAUCUUUGCUUAUAGAACGAGGCAUACACAGUAUUUAGCGGGCUUGUUCCUUCGUGUGGCUUAUGUCGGAUCUUUGCUGAUAGAACGAGGCAUAUACAGUGUUCAGGGCGCUUGUUCCUUCGCGUGGUUUAAGUCGGACCUUUGUUUAAAGAACAAUGAAUAUACAGUGUGUAGCGGGCUUGUUCCUUCGCGUGGCUCAUAUCAUUAUGGGAUCAUUGCUUAUAGAACGAGGCAUACACAGUGUUUAGGGCGCUUGUUCCUUCGCGUGGUUUAAGUCGGACCUUUGUUUAAAGAACAAUGAAUAUACAGUGUGUAGCGGGCUUGUUCCUUCGCGUGGCUCAUAUCAUUAUGGGAUCAUUGCUUAUAGAACGAGGCAUACACAGUGUUUAGGGCGCUUGUUCCUUCGCGUGGUUUAAGUCGGACCUUUGUUUAAAGAACCAUGAAUAUACAGUGUGUAGCGGGCUUGUCCUUCGCGUGGCUCAUAUGGGAUCAUUGCUUAUAGAACGAGGCAUACACAGUGUGUAGGGCGCUUGUUCCUUCGCUUCUGUUUGCGUAGAACGAGCUUCCACUCGACAACUCUGUCUGUUAGGUUGAGACAACUUGUCCACUCGUGCGACUCCACAACUUAGUUGCCGUCCCUAGUAAACUAAUGAGAUGCAUUUUCCACUCAACAACUUGUCCGUUCGUACAAGUUGUGAAAGUAUUUUUGCACUGGUAUCAUGUCGACAGUUUUGGACAUAGCUGGUCUAGUGGGAUAUUAGGUGAAUAAUGUUAAUAAUGAUGAUUGAUGUUCCAUAUUCUAAUUGCUUAAAUGCUACCCUCAAUUAAAUGUUGGUACAUGGUGUUGAUUAAAUGCUGAGAUUGAAACAAAAUUCCAAAUAAACACCUUCCUCGAAUAAUUGAUGCACCCAAUCAGAAGAAUACAGCAUUUAUUGGAGGAUUAACAAUGGUAAUUGGACUUAGUGGAGUUCAUUAUUUUAUUUGGUGUGAAAUUAUACCAGCGAUGAAGAAAAUGAGAUGAGUGCAUGGCAGGAGUCCAUUAUGUUAAUCACGAGUAUGAUUUCAGAAUGAAUUGGAUGACACGAAGUUCUGUUACCAAUCUGUUAGGCUUUUUUUCAAUUUAAACCACAAGAAAUUUUGAGAGUUUUUUGGUAGCAGUGAAAGAAAGCCAUUUAAGCGCGAGUGUGAUGACGCGUACUGUCCAAUGACUUAGGCAUGAUUCAUUCUGUCCUAUUAUUGCUGAAAUCAGGACAGUUGAUAGCCAAUCAGGUUUGAGAAUUUCGUUGUAGUUAUGAUUGUACGGAAAACUCGAUACAACUUGCCAGUAAUCUACACAAUCCAGACAAUUAGGACUCUAUCUCAGCACAAAAGGCAAGAGCAAGACAUUGGAACUUAAAACAUCUUAGUUUCUGUUUUACACAUGGAAUAUUUACUAAUAGUUUAUUAUAAUUUCUGUAUUCAAAAUGAAAUAACAUAGAAACAUCGGAAAAGGACUCUUUUGUUAAAUGAAAAUAAUAGGGUAGCAUAAUGAAUGGAUUUUUUCGUCAGAGGGACAGAAUUUGAAAUCAUCGAUGGUACGCUCCUACCCAAAAUGAGUAUGCUACAAAGUUUCUUUGAAUAAACAGGUGAAUCAGACAGCAGGUCUGUUCAUACCAGAGCUGACUUCUUUGAUUCUGUUUUCUUGUGACCAUCUCUCAUUUACAAUCACUUACACUGCUUUCUGGUAUUGGCAUUUUGGGUUGUCGCUUAUGGGAGCCUUAACUGUAGUAUUAUCGCCAAUAAGCAUCCUCGCAAAGACAUGAGGCUGCUAGGCGGCAGCCUAAUAGAGCCGUGCGCGAAAGUUCUAAAGGGAGAAAAAAUUUCGAAUCGAUGUAACAUAUAGUAAUGUAAGGUAACUUUUAUGACAUAAUCCAGAACAGCGAAUGCAUUGUUUUCGAUCGAACACGUGAUACAGAACAGAGAAUCCACGAGCCUUGGGCGUGCUUGAGAGUUCCGUGUUCAUCCUGUCUUUAACCAAUCGUUGGGUGGAUUCAUUUGCAUCAUAUGGGUAUGGCUGCGCAUUUGCCUGCUGCCAAGGAAAAAAAUAGUGCCGCAAGUUUUUUUGUGUUCUUGAAGCAAAAUAAUUUGGAAGGCUUCAUUGGCACACCAUAAUUUUUUUAGCUUUAAAAAGAGACCAAAAUAAUAGAAAAUAAUCUGUACGUUGAAUAUUUUUUGGAGGAUUUUAGGUUUGCUUAAUAAAUAAGACCACUAAAUUUUAUGCAAAAUGGCCUGUGCACAACUUCGGAAAAAAACACACACUUUUAGUAUCUCAAAAAUAUGCUAUGUAAAGUCGAGAUUUCAAAUAGUUUAGUUCACUAUUUUCAAGGUAAUUUUUGCUUACGCGAUCAAAUUAAGGUGACUCGACCCAGUUAUUUUGUGGGGGUACCAUCCUACUUUGAAGCUCUCUGGUAUCCCCACCUUUACUUUGGUCGUAAGUCCAACAUAUAGCAUGGAUAACAUAUAGAUCAAUCUACAAUAUAGCAUAAAAUUUUUGGCGAUCGGAGUAAAUGUCACGUGGUUAUAGUGCCACACCCCUUUCGGGUCUGAGCGAAAUUCUGCUGUUGCCGGCAUUUCUUCGUGAAAAUCUCUCGGCUACACAUAGUGCGCAUUAGUGCCUUACGUUGAACAGAGUUUCACCAAAAUCGCAAAGACCCAAUUCGAGAAAUUCAGCGGUUUGCAAAUUUAGGUCAUAAUUUAUGUUAGAACGAUAAGCAAACUUUACACGAUUAUAUUUAAUAAACUAUGAGAUUUAUCCCUUUAUUUUGGGGAUCUUUAUAACAGGUGGGUCCUUGCAAGUCAGUAAAAAGCUUUAGGGCCUUGUAAAUGCGCGCGAUUUCAAGCAAUGCAAACAUAUAGAAAUUAGAGUUUUAGCUAUUUGUUGACGUUUGUAGGCGUUUAAGAGUCCUUCUCACGAAAAAAAGCAUUUUCUUAAAAAUUCGUAGUUUUUUUCCCUUCAAAUUUUUUCAGGGCCACAAUUGAUUGUCUAACUACCCGGAUUCUGAAUUUCAUGGUCAUUGAAAAACUGUGACAUUAUCUUCUAUAACGCCAAACUUGAGUGAACAUUGAAGAUUUUAAGCGUUUUGGUUGAGUUUGUGCUUUGGGAGGUUUCUAUUGUUUCUAGUCUGUCACGAUACAGCAUUCUUGUUCAGCACGCGUGCAAUGACCGCACUUGGCUGACUUCCUCUAACUUGAUUACCUUUCAGUAUUCUUUUAUUCAGAAUCAAAAAAGUUGUACAGUGCUAGAAAACAUACUUAUUUUGUAUUGGAGCCCUCAUAUUGAUAUAUUUAUAUCAGAAGUUUCUACACUGUACAUACAGUACAGGGCACGGGCAUUGCAGCGUUACACGCGUGUUUCAUGCGUGGAAAUCCGCCAUAUUGCACGCAAAUUCCACGAGAAUGUUAUGUUACGUUAUGUUAUGUUAUGUUAAUAUGUAUGUUACUCAAGUAAACCCAGUUUCUUGUGGUCUUGGACUAGUGUCCAGACGACUGCGAAGGUAAACACUGAUACUGUCAAUCAAUAUCACAGAUCAGCCUGAAUUCACUAAACACCCACGGAGUCAGACACUGGUGCAAGGAUCACAUGCAACCUUCUCAAGUGAUGCAAAUGGCUUUCCUGAACCAACGUUUUCUUGGACCAAAAAUGGAUCUGCUGUUACUGCCAAUGACAGAAUUAGUUUAUCAGCGGAUAACAAACAACUGAGUAUUACAAAUUUGAAUAGGACAGACAGUGGAGAAUACAGAUGUGUGGCUGCAAACAGUGUGGGCGCAGUUUCCUCCAAUUCUGCUACAUUAGCAGUACAUUGUAAGAAAACUUUUACUCACUUUUUAUCUACUGGUAAACCCAAUUGAAAAAUCUUCUAGCACUAAGUAAAACAUCUUUUACAUUCUUUACACUGGUCCUAUCCUGGUCAGGAUUGUCUCAGUCAAUCCAUAUGAGUGCUGCCUUUCAAAAAAGGGGCUUGUCAGAUGCUCCUCUAACUUGAUUACCUUUCAGUAUUCUUUUAUUCGGAAUCAAAAAAGUUGUACAAUGCUAGAAAACAUAAUUAUUUUGUAUUGGUGCUUGUUUUUGCUAAUCAAGGGAGCCCUGUCUGUUUCCUUAUUUAUAUUAAUAUAUUUAUAUCAGAAGUUUCUACACUGUACAUAUGUUACUCAAGUAAACCCAGUUUCUUGUGGUCUUGGACUAGUGUCCAGACGACUGCUAAGGUAAACGCUGAUACUGUCAAUCAAUAUCACAGAUCAGCCUGAAUUCACUGAACACCCACUGAGUCAGACACUGGUGCAAGGAUCACAUGUAACCUUCUCAAGUGAUGCAAAUGGCGUUCCUGAACCAACAUUUUCUUGGACAAAAAAUGGAUCUGCUGUUACUGCCAAUGAUAGAAUUAUUUUAUUAGGGGAUAACAAACAACUGAGUAUUACAAAUGUGAAUAGGACAGACAGUGGAGAAUACGAAUGUGUGGCUACCAACAAUGUAGAGACAGUUAACUCCAAUCCUGCUACGUUAACAGUACAAGGUAAGCAUAUACCUUUUACUGGCAUAGCUUAGCCCAAUCAGUGUGCAAAGGCCACUUCAUACCUGCACCAAUAACCUGUCUAUCAUGUCCUUUUUGGUAGCUGGAAAACUUUUGCUUGACGAUAAUAUUUCGUUUGGAAUAAAAACCAUUCCACCAGUGUACUACAGAAACACCUGGAAGACUGUCAAACAUGCCAAAUGCCAUUAUUAUCUUAUCACUAAACUCGGCCAAAUGACAAACUGCCCUCUCUAAAACGCUCCUUUUUGAGGGCCAAACUGCAAAGUUCGGGCUGUAAAUAGAAGUUGCAGCCCGCAACAUGAUUUCAUGUUAUCAAUCUUUCCUUAUGAAAUAAAUUGUACGAUUUGGCCUCAUGUAUUGAUAAUAAUGAUAAUCACAUGACUUUUGGAGGGCAUAUAGUUUAUUUGUGUCGCUCGUAGCAUCAUUUGCACCCUCGCUCCGCUCGGGCGCAAAUGAUGCUACUUGGACCUUAAAUAAACUAUAUGUCCCCCCAAAUUAAACCUAUUGCAUAGAAUUUUUCAGGUUUUAGCUUACGCUACUAAGGAACUACUGACCUCACUGCGCAAAGUCACAUUCUCUAAAUCCAAUUUUCCGAGAAAGUGCAACGUGAGCACCGAGUAAAAAGUAUGGAAGGUCGUUGUCAAGAACAAAGAUUAUUUCAGUACCAACUUACCGCACACAACCGCACACACAUAACGAUGAUGAUAAUAUUAAUUUGUGAUCAUCAUAAUGAUGAUGCUGUCAAGAAUAAUGACAAUGUCUUAUUAUAAUAUUAAAUACGUAAUGUAUAGUUCCAGAAAAUACCCAUACCCGCCGCAACGGAAAUUCUUAGGGGAGGGUAGGGGGGUUCAAAAGGAGGCAAUUUCCGAAGGGUGGGUAGGGUUCUGUCUAGGAUUGAUCGUUUUGCGGGGAGAAGUCCCUUAGUGGCCUGGCCACAAGGUUUCUAGGGGGGGUCCGGGGGCAUGCCCCCUGGAAUUUUUUUGAAAUAAAUACGCGCUUAGAUGCAAUCUGGUGCAUUUUGAGACACGAGGCUAAUGCGGGUCAACUUCUUUAAAAGAACAAAAACAAACAUAGGUAAUUUGCCGCUGAGUCGCUGGAAAAAGAUAGAAAUCUUAAAAAUAGUAAGAUUUCAAAGCUUAAACUUUACCAGCAAGCGAAAGGGAUAUCUGUUACAAACAACAAAAUUGUGGGAAAAGCUGAUCGUACUUAACAGAAGAAAAUUGAAAAGCAACGAAGCCAAAAGAAGAAGUAAACUUUUGAAGCUUGAAAAGGGUAAAGUUUGUUAAAAUGACAAUAUUUUAUUCCCUUUAAUUAUCUUGCUUUUUAGUAUUCUAUUUUACUCGUGUAAAUCUGUAAAAUGGAGUUUAAACUGCGCAGGAUAUGGUCUGUAUAAAAUUCUUUGUUCGAAUUCUUGUCGAGUGAAAUGUGCGUACGUUUGUCUCCAUGUGACUGAAUAUUUUGAUAAAUAAUUUAAGUUUAUGUAUAAAUAAACUUAUACUAUUUUAUCUUCGUUUAAACCGAUUUAACUUCCUUACAGUGCAAGGAAUUUAUGCAGAACGUCUGCCCCGUCGGCUUAUUUUUUUUUCAAAUACCUGACAAGAUUUUGCAUUCCCUCCGUUAGAAACAUGUCAACUAAAAUGAAGAAUUCAGUUUAACUUGCGGGCUUUCGACAAGUACGUACACUCCAUACCAAUGGAAGGUAUGGUUUUAACCAUCGAUGAAAAUAACAUUAAAAUGGCUACAGGUAUUACCUUGUUUAAGGAUUUUGAAACCAUCUUCGCAUUGUUAUUGAACUCAUCACUCACCUACCACCAUUUCGGUCAAUUUCUGGUUAGGUUCUUUGUUUUUCUUAGUGAUGACGAGCUGAUUUUUCUUUUGCUGUUUGAAACAGUGAUUUCUCAAGCCUGUAAGUAAGCUUUGAGACCUCCAAAACCUUUCAACUUCUCAAAUUUUCCCUUUUUUGGCAAAUCAGCUGCAGUUUCCUCAUGUUUGUUUGUCUUCUUGGUCGGGGAAGUGACCCGCAUUAGCCUCGUUUUGGCGCAAAAACAAUCACUCGUCCUAGGCCGCCCGGGAAUACGAAACUCGCCUAUUGAAAGCGCCGCCGACUUGUGAACUUGGGAUGCAGUCAUACUACAAGCUUGUGUUGACCAUGUUGACCAUAUCUUUUGCAUCCGAGUGCAGUGUAGACUAUGGAAAGCGUGCUUGACGACUGUUUGGCACAGUUUACGAUUUGUUCGCGGCAGUGAAACUCAAACAAAGAGAAAAGAACGUGGUAUUAGUAACAUCGUCGUUACGAAGUAUUGUCAAUGAUAGAGUUGAAGCAGUGCAGCUGGCAUGUCAGCCAUUGCCUUUACCUUGCCGUGGAACUGUGAGGUGAUGCUGACAUUCUUUUAAACCGAAAGCUAUCAUCGUUGUGCUCGCUUUUUUGAAAGCUGGUUUUAAUAAAAGAAAAUUUAGCCCAGGUCCUUCUAACCUUAUUACUGCAAGGCGAACAAACCCUACUUGACGGGGGGGAACGGGAUGAUUGCCCAGUACUAUCGACGUAUAAACAGCACCCAAAUAUCCUACAAUAAUCCGAUGGGCCGAUUUGUUCCGGCUUCGGACCUCUUUUAGCCGGCUUUUUUUGGCGUUGAAGCAGUCUGAGAAGACAUGCCUCAAAAAACACGCGACUCCGAGUGUCAUCGUUGUUUGAUCUUUUGCGUAUGUAAAAUACUUAAGCCAAUUACACGAGCAAUCGUUGGUUCAAUUUAAUUGGUGCUGCGAACGUGGAGGUUAUAAUGAUGAGGCGUUGACAUGGGCGAGGGACUUAAUAAACCUCUUUUUUCGCAACUGAAACGCCUACAGACGUUCUUUAUUUUUCUUUCUCGCGCUCUGCGCUCGCCGAUUUUUUCGAAAAGAACGAAAAGAAAAAUAAAACAACGUCUGUGUACAGGCAAUUUUAGCCCUUGCUAAAUCUAUAUAUUCAUAGAAUCAGAGACAGAUUUAUUAAAAGAAUGAGUGGAUUGCACAGAACGCAGUUUGAUCACGCGCGUUUCGACCUUCUACCCUUCGUAAUCUGAUCACGCGUGUUUUGACCAUUUGUCACGAGAAACGUACGCAAAGGACUCACUGCGUUGGAGCAAAAGCGUUUGACCUUAGAUCGUUGUCGCCCGCACUCCGUAACCUUUGCUUAUUAUCAUUUUAUUUAUGGGGCAUCGAAUUUUGCUACUGGCUAAUACCAGGCGCGGUUAGGAGGCUGCGCGCGCGACGAGAUUAUAAACUCUCUACACUCGGAAAAAUGUUUAGAUACAAUCAUUAAAUAUCUCAAGAAUGAAUAUGUAAGCCAAGACCAAAAUGCUAGUCACUUUAGGCUGUUAUUUGUGGUUGUGGGAUUACGUUUUAGUCAGCUUCUUGACCAAGCCAACAUGGUUUGUUUUAUUUAAAAUACAGAGUCCGGAAUAGAAAACGUAAUCACCGAGGGACCAGGAGGGUACAAGACUGUUGUAGAAUUUCGAUGUAGCAGCAAUGGUUUCACUGAUUCUGAUUGGAAAGAUUUGAGUGAGAAAAGCGUGAAACAAGCAUGCACGGCUGUUAAAGAAGCAUUAGAAGCAUCAGGACGUCAAGUGGUUGGUGUGCGGCCAAGCGAAUCAGUUCUUGUCGAAUUGCAUUGUUGUACGAAGGAAAGUUUCGUCUCUUUGAUGGAUGACUUUGAAUCAGGAAAAGUUAAGCGACGGUUGGAAGAAGAAUUUGAAAAAGUUGGAUACAAAGGAGAAUUGGAAGUGACUAUCAUAAAUGGAAGUGAUGUCUACAGGGCACUGGAUCAGAUAAGGUAAUGAAAUUGCUUAUUGAUUAUUCUUCUUUUUGAGAACAACGGCAACGAAGUGUCAAGCGAGUCCUACAUUCCUAUAAAAUCCUAUUUUUUCAGGCCCCUCCUAUAAAGUCCUAUAUUAAAUUGAGCAAUUCCUGUAUUUUCUUAUAUUUUAAGCCUUUUUCAAGAAAUAUUUAAAAAUUUAAAUAAUUGUUUGAUUGGUAGUUAAAAAUCCACAAUCCAGGAAAGUUUUAUGCCGCAAGGAUGUGUUUGCUACACCUCAAAAUGCAAAAUGUUCUUUAAAUUUGUGCCGAGGCUUCCUCUUAACUUUUGGCGGCGUACAGUGGAUAGUGGGUUGACUGUGGGGGGUCCAUCUUUCACGUGCUCGUGGGCGCCAUCAAACCAAAUUGAAACAAAUUUUCAGAAGAAACUGUAAAUGGGUUGCGUACUACCAAGGAUAUGAUCAAGUUUACUGACUCACAGUUACAUAGGCCAGAGAGAAUCCCUGUAGGAGGGUCUGAAUGGGGGUACGUCCAUAACACUAAACACUUAAUUUUUUGACUCUGUAACGUAAAACAGUUAAAUUUUAGGCAUUUUAACACUAACAGUAAAAAAUUCUAUGUAACACUAAAUUUUGUCCUGAAGGAGACAAAAACGGCUCCAAAAAGGGCAGUGUUAUUUUGUUCAGUAUGUCAAGAAGUUUUCGACCACUUUCCGACGAUUCCCGAUCAUUUAGGAAGAUUUCCAAAGAUUUCCGCAGAUAUCUGAACACUACCGAAGUUUUCCAAGGUAUUUCCAUUUCCCACCGCUGUUGCGAAACAAUGCUUCUAAUUCUCCGUUUUUCCGUUGCAACUACGCCGCAAUCUGGAUAGUUUUAGCUUAAAAUCCGCCAUGCCAAAUCUCAAAGCAAGCUCGUCAAGCCCAAGAAAUUCCCUCAGAUGUUUCUUGACAGCUACCACGCUGAAUUGCUAUGAAAGGUCAAAAGUGACCCAGCUUCUAUGCCUAUCGAAAGCAGAAUCCUCCCCGCUUUUAUAGAAGCUCACUAGGACUUUUACAACACCGGAGGAGAAUCCUCUCGAUGCCGCCAUCGCCGCCAUGAUGUUUUAACUUCGGCCUCGACGCUGACCAAGGAUCGUGGGCUCCUGGCACGAGAUUGGUACCCAGGACUCCCCAGGCUUCCCAGAAUGCUGUUGCGCAUGGGUGCAAAAAAGAGACUACAGCUACAGCCCCUUUGAGCACGGGCUCAAAGUUCAUAGGUAAUUUGAGUAGAGCUAAAAGACUAACAGAGUUCAACAACUUCUUAUUUACAGGAGGGUUUGAAUGGGGUUUAGUGUUAUUUGCCCGUAAUGUUUAGUGUUUGCUGUUAAAUUGGUCAAUUUUUCAAUGUUUACUGUUUCCGGAGAAAAUACUGUUAAGUGUUUGAAGGGUUUUUCGUGGAAACCCCAUAGUCUUUUAGCUCUGCUCAAAUCACCCAUGAACUUUGAGCCCGUGCUCAAAGGGGCUGUAGCUGUAGUCUCUUUUUUGCACCCAUGCGCAACAGCAUUCUGGGAAGCCUGGGGAGUACUGGGUACCAAUCUCGUGCCAGGAGCCCACGAUCCUUGGUAAGCGUCGAGGCCGAAGUCGAAACAUCAUUGCGGCGAUGGCGGCAUCGAGUGGAUUCUCCUCCAAUGUUGUCAAAGUUCUAGUGAGCUUCUAUAGAAGCAGGGAGGAUUCUGCUUUCGAAAAGCGUAGAAGCAGGGUCACUUUUGACGUUUCAAAGCAAUCCAGCGUGGUAGUCGUCAAGAAACAUCUGAGGGAAUUUCCUGGGCUUGACGAGCUUGCAUUGAAAUUUGACUCGGCGGAUUUUGAGCUAAGACUAUUCAGAUUGCAGUGUAGUUCCAACGAAAAAACGGAGAAUUACAUCAUUGUUACGCAAUAGCAGUGGGAAAUGGAAAUACCCUGGAAAACUUCGGUAGUCUUCGGAUGUCUUCGGAAAUCUUCCGAAAUGAUCGGGAAUCGUCAGAAAGUGGUCGAAAACUUCUUCAUAUACUGAAAAAAAUAACAUUGCCAUUUUUAGAGCCGUUUUUGUUUCCUUCUGGAUAAAAUUUACUGUUACAGAGAGUUUUUCACUGUUAGUGUUAAAAUGCCUAGAAUUUAACUGUUUUAUGUUACAGAGCUAAAAUAUUAAGUGUUUAGUGUUAUCGAGGUACCUCCAUUAAGACCCUCCAAUAACACUUUUGGGUAUUCAUAUUCGUCAUUCGGCAUACAAAAGAGAAAAAUAUACUUUCAUACAUCCAAGUCAUUAUCACGCGAUCUUGAAAGUCAAUAGGGACAAUAGGCAAACAUUAAAGUGCCAACACUAUGAUUCAUUAACAUUUUUAUGACACUGUUUGCGAUUCAAUAGCAUUCCUGGACGGCCUUUAAGGAUGGAUUAGACAAACAUUAAUGCGUUUGUACGAUCAAUUGGGUGUUCUUUACAAUUAAUAUACAAAAAGUGAUUUUCAAUUUGCUGGAGCCCCAUGUGAAGUUAGCCUCAGAUACUGAGCGAAGUAAUGGUUCUCUCCAGGCCCCAGUUGUUCAUUAAAAGUUGGAUAGCGCUAUCUGUUGGAUAAAUUACUUUCCAGCGGAUAUGUUACGAGUCAAAUUUAAUUUUAGGUUAAUUUUGAUUUAACCUAGAUUGAUUCUCAAUUUCCUUUGUCUCCUAAUCCUAGGAGACAAAGGAAAUUGGUAAUCAAUCUAGGUUAAAGAAAUUUAAAACUGAACUUGGUAAGUGAAAGGCGUACCGUUUGUCAAUAAAAGGUAUUCAAAAGAAGUACCCUUUCAAUCAAAAAUGUUAAAUGAAAGGGUGAGGGGUUGGACCUCGGGGCGGAGCCUCCCCGCAUAAAAACUCUGUUGAGGCCCCUCCGUGGGGCUGACACGUCGUAGCCUUUCCGUUUACUCGAAUUCUGUUUGCAUAACUGCUCAUACAUCUUAUUAGGCCCGGAGCUUUAAGUUUAUUUGCAUGAUAUAGUUAGAUCUGGCUUUUCGUUAUCAUAGCUCAAGGCUGCUGCCUAACGUAACGGGAGCCCGGGAGCCUGAGGCUCCUACUAUUUACCCUCGGGCGACCAAAAUUUCAAACAGGGAGCCCGAACGGGCGCCUUAAAGUUAUGAUUCUCAGACUAACUUCCAGUGAACGAACAACAAAAUUCCCUGCUCGUUCUGCACUUUUGAAAUGACAACGGAAAACGUUUGAUCGUCGGCCACAGACAAAAAAAUAUUUCUGCCAAUAAAAGGUAAACAAACAGCAAUGUCUUGAAAUUUGCUUCUGUGACUUCCGCUGCAGAGCAGUUGAAGUUUCUCGUCUGAAAAUGGCGUUGAAUGAAUUUAAUAGUCUUAGAAAAACCUGAUCGAUAAUAAAAUCAUGACUUAUCCUUUAGUGUUAGAAAUGUUAGGUCGCUACUGCAUGAAAUAAAAACUGAUAAGAUUUAGUCGCGAUCCGUGGAAAAGCAAGCGGGUUUCAUUCUGACCAAUCCUGUCAGAGUUGCACUCACAAAAAAGGUAACAUUUUGGGGGAAAAUCCAUGCCAAUUUCGCUGUUUACAUACUACAGUCGACUCCCGAUAACUCGAACCUUCAAGGGAAAUCGAAAAAAGGUUCGAGUUUUUGGGAGUUCGAGUUAUUGAGAAUAGCCGAGAGUAUGAUAAAAAACAGUUUUUACUGCACAGUGAACAUUGUAAUCACAUUAAUUGUAGAAAUGUCAAGUGAAAAUUAAAAGAUGCUUCUCGAUUAUAAAACAGAACGUAACGUAACAAAACAUAGCCUAAAUAGAGCAUGCAUUUUACUGUUUUGAGAAGAAAAGGUGCUUCACGUUAGCCUGUGACAAUCAACAUCAGUCUCCACUAGUAAACUAUACUCCUACAACACGUCAACAGGAAAUCCAAAAUUCAAUGUUCCGGACGCCCGCUUUUUUCCCGACUUUUUAAGGGUUCAAAACAUGGUUCGAGUUAUCGAGGGUAAAAUUAUAUAGAAAAUGACCUGAGGGGAAACGAAAAUUGGUUCGAGUUAGCGGGAGUUCGAGCUAUCGAGGGUUCGAGUUACCGAGGGUAAAAUUACAGUGAAUGUAUGACGGAAAUCCGGGGGAAAUCGAUUUUGGUUCGAGUUAGCGCGAGAUUCGAGUUAGCGAGGGUUCGAGUUAUCGGGAGUCGACUGUACUCUUUGAGGAUUAAAUUUGCCCCUUUCCUAAUGUGUUAGCCAGCCACAAACCCAUUCAAAAGAAGGACGAUAAAGUGGGUAACAAAACUGCUAAUAAACAAGAAAGGCAAAGGAAAAAAGAGAGCAAGAGAGAAGGAUCGAAAUAGAUUCGCAAAAAAGGUCUAAAUUUUGGCUUUUUCGCAUGCAUGCAUGACAAACAAAAAAGCGGAUUAGUCGAAAAAUAUGCCUUUUUUCUUGCAAAACCUAUUUUUAGCCAUUCUUAUGCUAAUUAGCCGAAAACUUGUCCAAAGAAGAGCAAUUGGUGAAAAAUGCUGUUUUUUCGGUACUCACUGGCUGUCACCAAAGGGUUAAUAAAGCUACUAAUCUUUUUUAAUAGACCUUUUUACCGAUACGGCGGCCAUAUUGAAUUAAUUUGAUUUAAGGAGUAUUAUAGGAUGCCCAGGGGGCAUGAGCACAUUUCGUUUGUAUUUUCGAGCGCUUUCCGGGACAUUCUUUCUUAAAGUUUUCUUAGAAUAAGAUUGUAAUGGGAAAAAAGAUCCUUGUCCCGUGUUUUGAUGUAAUAAUGAUAGCUUUUUUUCCCAGAAAUAUACAGUGAGAGACCAUAUUUCUAAUACUAAACUAGAAAAAGGCGAUCAUUAUUACAUCCAAACACGGCACAAGGAUCUUUUUUCCCAUUAGAAUCUUAUUCUAAGAAAAAUUUAAGAAAAAAUGUCCCGAAAAGCGCUCGAAAAUACAAACGAAAUGUGCUCAUGCCCCCCUGGGCACCCUAUAAUACUCCUUAAAUCGAAUUAAUUCAAUAUGGCCGUCGUAUCGGUAAAAAGGUGUAUUGGGCCCCUAGAAAUGCAGCUCGGGCUCCUAACGUUUUAUUUUAGGAGCCCUUCGGGUUCCUAAAAAAUUUUCUUAGGCAGCAGCCUUGAUAGAUAAAUAGGAAACCUCUGUAGAAGAUUGAGGGAAGAUAUUUUUGCUUUUUUAAGAACGUGGAUGGCCAUUAGCAAGAGGGAAGGUGAAAUAGCUGCGGCUGCGGAUGGUGAGUGCAUAAAAUUGUCCUAUUUUAUCCAGGGUAAUUCGUGUAACAGCAAGUUACAACAAGUGACUUAUCAUCGUCUAUAGUACCCAUCAGUAUUUAAAUUAUCUUGUAUGUAAGAGAACUUUCUUUCACUUUUAUUGAUGUCUAUAAAAAUAAUAAAUUAACUUCACAAAAACAUAAACAUACAAUUUUCAAGUUUCAACAUCCUCCACUCGCAAAUAGCUCGGCUAGACUAAUCGAGGUGGGCUGUGGGAAACAUAUAGUGCACAUUCACUGGGAGGAAAAAAAAAAGAAAAAGAGAACAGAACUAUAAAAUACACAAGAAGAUACGCUGUAAGUUUUGCCGAUACAAGCUAUCGAAUACUUAGUGAAGACGAAAAUGAGUGGCAUCGAAAAAAAGAAAGUAAACAGGAGGAACACAUGCAACAUUUGCUCCAUAAAACAUAUAACUAGGAUGUUUCUGGACGUUUCACGACAGUGACCAGAAAACCACUCGACUAGCUUCAAAACGCGCGUUUUUCGGCAAAAUCGCCAGGGACGAAUGGGUUAAGCUGCAUUUUGUGAAGUUAUCGAAUUCCUGUUUAGGAAGUUUCAUUUUUCAUGGAACUUUAUACAACUACUGCAGGAAUCUGAGGUCCCUUCGCAGAAAGGAUAUAGACUCAUUUGGAUGUGGCAGAUGUUGCAACCGUUCGAUAGGAUGUCUCAUCCGUUAACAACGUAUAGGCCUUCAGUUUGUAUCUUAUUACUUUUACUUUAAGGUACGAACUGUGGGAUUAUGUUAUCUUUUUUCACAAUAUUACAUAACAUGCUUUCGUAACUUGACAUCAAUUUAUUUUCACCUCGUAUAUAUGUAGCCCUUCAAACGUUAAUAAUUUUAUCCAGAUUUGAUUUAUUAUUUUUGUACCGUACAAUGAAGAAGCCCAUAGGGUGAAACGUUUUCACGUCUAAUAAAAAGCGAAACAGUUGAAAAGUUGGAGACCUCUGUUUAAUCUCAUUUAUAUUUCUAUAUAAACAGCUAAUCAGAAUGGUUAAAAUAGCAGAUGUCUAUAAUUGAUGUUUUAUUUUACGCUAUCAGUACCGUUAGAUAUUCAAGCCCGAGGUCACCUGGCCACGGAAGUCUACAAUAGAGAACUCAAAGAAGGGCAAGGUUACGCCAGACGAGUGCCAAUCAUGAUAAUUGGGCAAGCUCGGACAGGGAAGACAAGUCUGAAGAAGUCUUUAAAGGGGGAAUUGUUUGAUCCAUAUGAAGGAAGCACAGAAGGUAUAGAGACAGUUCCUUCCUAUUUUAAAGUCACGACAGACAUCUGGAGAACAGGCAGAAAUGGCGAAGAUACUGAAAUAGAGCCAGAAUUUUUGUUAGACCGCCAGCUAGCCCAGAAAUUAUGCAAAGGCUUAAAAGAAAAAGAACGUUUAGGGGAUCUUAGUUCAAGCGGGACCAAGCCACCAGUUAAAGAUUUCCAAGAAGUCGAGCCAUCAGAAGCGAAUUCACCGCCCACUGAAAGUUCAGGGGAAUCUAGAAGUAACAGGUUCGAACCGUCACUUCAAGAUUCCAAAGCAGUCGAGAAUGCCAAAGCCCCUUCAUUACCUACAGAAGUUUCUGUAGAACUAGAGGAACUUAAAACCAGGUCAUUAGUUACAGAGCAGAUUGAGGGCAAUCCACCACCUCAAGACUUCAAAGAUCAUCAAAAAGUACCAGAAAACGUAGCAGUUUGGGUUGAAAAGCUGCUUAAAGAGAACAAAGAGUUUAUGGAGGGAGACGACAUGUAUUCUGUCAUUUGGGAUUUUGGAGGACAGUCUGUUUUCUACGACACCCAUCCAAUUUUCUUGACAGAAAAGGCCAUCUACAUUUUGACUUGUGAUCUAAGUUGUGAUCCGGAAAGCAAAGCCGACACUCCUGUGAAACAAGGCAGGUACAACGAAUUACCUGACAACUACUGCGAAAAUACAAACUUCGACUACCUUGAUUUCUGGAUGUCAUCAAUUUAUUCUUUGGUUAGCAGUAAUACUAACCGUCACCUGCAGUUUUCUUGGCUUGUACGCAUGCUGACAAGCCUUACACUACAGAAGGUAAUCCCUCCAAAGAAAUCUUUGGAGCUUUGCGAGAGAAAAUUUAUGGGUCUCUUCUCGAAGACUUUUUUGUCGUGGACAACACGAAGUCAGGCAGCAGUGAUGAGUGCGAAGGCGUGAAAAAUCUGAGACAAGCAGUGCUUUCUGUUGCCGCGGAGCUUCCACAAAUGAAAGUGCCUAUUCCUUUAAAGUGGUUAAGGUAUGAAAAGGUUUUGUAUCUGAUGAGGGAGGAGGGCCUUGCGAGAAUAUCCAUUAAGGACGCACGAAAGAUAGCUUCAGAAAAAUGCGGAAUUGACGGCGAUGAAAUCUUUCGAACAGUACUUGACUUCUUACACGAUCAGAAAGUUUUGAUUAAUUUUGAUGAAUCACCGGGAUUGGAAAGCAUGGUCAUUUUGAACCCCCAGUGGCUCGUAGACGUGUUUAAGGAAGUAAUCACGUUCCGAGGUUUCAAUCACAACGAUGAAAACGUUGAGGGACUGUGGUGUGAAUUUGAGGAAAGUGGAAUUUUAAAAAGAGAGCUUUUAGAUCAUGUAUGGAAACGCUUCAUUGAUGAUCAAAACACCUGCGAGAGCCUCAUUGAAAUGAUGGAGAAAUUUAGUCUGAUUUGUCAAUGGCCAUCAGAAGGGACCACGGAGCGGUAUCUUGUACCAUCCAUGCUGAAGUCCAAACCAACAAGUAAAUUUCCCAGUCCCAGUGUGCAAUUUCCUUCUCUUUUUGUGAAGUUUAGAUCACGCAGAGUGCCCCCAGUCGGAGUGCCCCAAGGCAGAGAGCCCCCAGGCAGAGUACCCCCAGGCCUGUUUUCGAGACUUAUUCUUCUUUUUCAUCAUUGGGUCCAAGACCAGGUGAAGAUAAAGCUCAAGAAGAGGAAUCAACCGAAGCCAUGCAGUAACUAUGCUAUGUUUCGCAUUGUUCCUGAGGAUGAUAUUUCUGCGGCCUUAUUGUGUUAUUCUUCGUUUAUCGAGAUCGUUUUUGUCCUCGAAGGUGAAUUUCUUGAUGAAAGGCGUCUGAAUAUCAGCCAUGGUAUUCAUCAACAGCUGGGAUUGAUUCUUGAUGGCAUGCGCAAUGAGUUUUCCUGGUUAAAGCACAUGGAUUACGAAUUGUGUGUCGCUUGUUCUGUGUGCUGUGGGGAGAAGGGCUCGUCCAGCUGUGGUCCUCACGAAAAGCGUGGCUGCGAUUGUUUGCAUCUGUUUUCAGAAGAGGAGUUAAAGGAUCCUGUUUGCGAGAGGGAAAAUGCUAGAGCAAGUUGCAGGGUUGCCAAAGAGAAGUUUCAUCUUUGGUUUUCUAGUCAGGUUUGUUACUUAUAUUAUACAUGUACGAUUAUACACGAUUCGAACUGUCAAAAACCAUUACACUUCUUUACAGUGCAACUGCACAAACCUAGGCCACCCAGACAAAAUUUGAAAUUAACCAAUCCAAAGUCGAAAUCUUAACAAUGAAAUUGCUCGUAAUUGUACUUUACCUUGUUCUAUUUCUGCUCGGCUCUUACUUUUGGAAUCUUAGGUUUGGGGAUGUUUAGUUUUGGCGGUGGUUUCCUGUAGUGUGGUUUCUUCUUUUGGGAGUGCAUUGUCUCAGAAAGUGUGGUUUGUCAGUUUUGGUUAGAAGCGGUGGGCGAGAUUAGGGUUAAAAUAGUAUACGGUGUUAACAGUAUACUAUUCACAAUCGUCUUGCGCAAGCGACUAUAUGAGGCACAUAUACCAUGGUUAAUAAGUUAAUCAAGGUGCUUCGCUAUUUUGAUUAAUCGUCGGCGUCAAAAAUUUCGUAAAGUCGUGUGACAAAUUUUCCGUUUUCUGAAAAGCAGUUUUCGGCAGUCCACGUAUUUCAUUUCACGACCUUUAAAUCGACAAAACAUAAAUAUUGCAAAGUUUAACACAUUUUUUGGGCGUUUUUAUCUCAUUUUCUUCUGUACCAGAAAGUUAAAUAUCGCAAUUAGGAAAGUCUUUGUUCCGAACUGAGGCCGCAAAGCAAACAAGAAUCACCGUCAUUGCAGGACAAAAGUUUCCAGCCUCAUUCCCAGGGCUCUCUCUCUUGCUUCGAGAAAGAAACCUGGUUGCGGGUGGUCAUGUGGCUCCUAAAAUCUGGGAGCCAAAAAUAAGGGAGGGAAGAAGAGUAAAUAAUUGUCGCUAUGACAAAAGUUACUCUGCAGGGGCCUAAGAGGAGUUUCCCGCCUCGUUUAUUAGGGACCUUACGAUCCUACAACGGCGACGUCCAUGGAAACGUCGCUGAAAAAGAGACUUCGCAUCCUUUUAAACUUUUUCGCGAUUAUCCCAAUUCGCCCUGUUACUUAAAAGACGGGAAUUUUGGUUGGAGCUGAAGAGGGGGGACCGCGCCCGAGUUCAGACAGAGAUGGUAGAAUUUAUCGCCUUGCCGUUCCCGUUCUCAAAUAAACUUAAAAUUUGGUCAUUUCACGUCAUAGUUGUGCAGGGACAACAAAAAAAUGUACAAAAAAGCGUGAUGCACGUGCAGAGUUGUUGUUUUGCUCAUUAAACCUAUCAUUUUUUUUUAUGUUCUCCUUGCCGUUGCCGUCAUAGUUUCGUAAGGUCCCUAUUAUCAGCUGAUGGCGCGGGUAUUUGAAAUGUCAACAAAAUCCGGAAAAAUAGUGUUGCAUACUGCAAAAGGGAGAACCCUGGGAAUGAGUGUGGCUUUUA